CCCAAAGCAGGAUAUGUAGCUUGAACUUCAAAUUGAAGGCUUUCAUCUUCGUACUCACUCUUCCAAAUGGUUCCAUUAGAAACCGUUAGCUGUGCUCGGAAUUUCGCAGUCAUGGUCAGAGUUCGCGGUCCCGACCCAAAAGGGUUGAAGAUGAGAAAACACGCUUUUCAUCAAUACCGUUCUGGUGAAACAACUCUUUCAGCUUCGGGGAUGCUUGUACCAGAUACCCUCUAUGAUGCUCAAGUAGCUACGCGUCUCUAUGGUGGUAACUGCGAGGACAGGGUUUUUGUUGUGACAGUUGCCUCGGUUGUUGAACCUUUUCUGUCCCCUCAACAUAGAGAAAAUAUUCCUCAGGGCAGGCCAGACUUGAUUUCUGGUGUUCGGAUUGAUGUUAUGACCGAGAACACAAAUGGACAUUCCAAUCAGGGAACACCUUGCUGGCUUAUUGCGCAGCUUUUGUCAUUAGUUGAUAUUCCUACUUCAUCUGAUUGUGUCCAAUCACUUAUCGAAGCAUCUUUGGGUUUACCAGAGUUUGAAUGGGAAGUUGGUUGGUCUUUGGCAUCUUACACUAAUGAUUCUCAACGUUCUAGAGAUGUUUUUCAAACUCAGGAGAGAUUGGUCACGGGAGGAUCUGGCAGUGCAAGUCUUGUAUACAAAUCACUUACUAGAAUGGCAAUUUUGAGUGUUUCUUUAUCUUUCAGGGAUUUGCUGGAUACAAAGUUAUCUGCCAUGAAUAAAAGGGGUGAUUUUCUUCUGGCAGUUGGGUCUCCUUUUGGAGUCCUGUCACCUAUGCACUUUUUUAACAGCAUCUCUGUAGGAUGCAUUGCAAACAGCUAUCCUUCCCAUUCAUCUGAUGGAUCAUUGCUGAUGGCUGACAUACGGUGUCUUCCUGGAAUGGAAGGCAGUCCAGUUUUCAGUGAGCAUGCAUGUCUUACUGGUGUCCUGCUCAGACCAUUGAGACAGAAGACAUAUGGGGCGGAAAUCCAGCUGGUGGUUCCAUGGGAGGCCAUUGUGAGUGCUUCUAGUGGUUUGCUGCGCAAUAGGCCUGAGAAUACAGAGAAAGCGUUAUGUAAUCAGGGGGGUGACCUUUAUGCUGCGGGAACUGGGUCUUUUUCUGACACUGACAAAUUGGAUGUAUGCUCUAGGAUUAAACGUGAGCAUUUAUAUUUUGGUAGUUCCUCACCAUUACCAAUUGAGAAGGCAAUGCCUUCUGUCUGUCUUGUUACUAUUGGGGAUGGAGUAUGGGCAUCUGGUGUUUUACUUAACUCUCAAGGUCUCAUACUUACAAAUGCUCAUCUAUUGGAACCAUGGAGAUUUGGGAAAGAACAUGUAAGCGGUAGAGGAUAUGGGACCAAUUCAGAAAAAUCUUCUUCCACGUCCGAGGGAACUGCCUAUCUUGGUAACAGAGUUGAAAGCAAUCAAGUUAGUCAAACUUCACAGUUAAAGAUGCCAAUUAUUUAUCCUUUCACUGCCAAUGAGCAGGGGGGAUAUAAGUUGUUGAAUCCAACUUAUGACAACCGUAGAAACAUACGUGUACGCCUUGAUCAUAUCAAACCUUGGAUUUGGUGUGAUGCAAAAGUAGUGUAUGUUUGUAAAGGACCAUGGGAUGUUGCCUUAUUGCAGCUUGAAUCUGUUCUAGAUGAUCUUUUGCCUAUAACAAUGGAAUUUUCUAGGCCAUCCACUGGAUCAAAGGCAUUUGUCAUUGGCCAUGGACUAUUUGGCCCAAAGCGUGGAUUCUUCCCAUCUGUUUGCUCUGGUGUGGUAGCAAAAGUGGUUGAGGCAAAGACUCCUCAAUCAUAUCUGCCCAUUCAACCUGAGCAUCUGCACAAUCGUGAGUACUUCCCGGCAAUGCUUGAAACAACUGCUGCUAUUCAUCCUGGUGCUAGUGGCGGUGCUGUUAUCAAUUCAGAUGGUCACAUGAUUGGCCUGGUUACAAGCAAUGCAAGGCAUGGUGGAGGAACAGUAAUACCUCAUCUUAAUUUUAGCAUUCCAUCUGCUGCUUUGGCACCCAUCUCCAAAUUCUCAAAAGGCAUGGAGGAUUUAUCACUUCUAAAGAUUCUAGACGAGUCAAAUGAAUACCUUUCAUCUAUAUGGGCAUUGAUGCGGCCAUCAUAUCCUAAUCCUCACUCUGUGCAUGAUCCACCUCAGUCUGCUACAGACAAUAAAAGUAAAGAGAAGGGUUCUCGGUUUGCAAAGUUUAUUGCUGAAAGAAAGGACGUUUUCAAUGUUGGAAAGAGUGGAGUGCUUCCGAAGGAAGUUGUUCCUAGCAAGUUAUAGUCUCUGAUAAAGUCACAGUUUACCUGAAUGGCCAUGGCAAAGGAUUGCCAGCAAACGACUUGUCAAUGGAUACAUUCCUAUGAUUACAUUUCUUGUAAAGAAAGUUUAUGCCUUGAAUUGUUAGCAAAAAGAAAAUCAAGAAAAUAAAUUUUAAAAGUCUCUAAACGAUUAUACUUGUACUUCAUUGAAAUUUAAAACUGAUUUUACUCAAACCAGUUGUUUCUGUUUUGUUCUUUGGGACAGAUCAAGUAAUUAUAGGAGAAACUAUUGAUAGACCUUUUUGUUCAA